AUGUCCAACAAUAUCAAGGUCGUAUGUCGGUUCAGGCCGCCAAACUCGAUCGAGAUGCGCGAAGGAGGCGACAUCGUCGUCUCUUUUGACGACAGCUUCAAGACGGUCCAACUCAAAUCGGCCCAACUAUCGACGGGACCAGAGAAGGAUGGUUUCACUUUUGAUAGAAUCUUCCCUAUGGGCACAAAACAGAUCGAGGUGUUUGAUUAUGGCGUCAAAGGAACCGUAUUUGCGUAUGGACAGACGGGAUCCGGCAAAACUUUCACAAUGAUGGGUGCCGAUAUUGAUUCAGAGGACCUCAAAGGCAUCAUUCCGCGGAUAACGGAACAGAUCUUCGCCUCAAUUGCAGAGUCGGAUCCGAAUCUGGAAUAUUUGGUCAAAGUUUCAUACAUGGAAAUUUAUCUUGAACGCAUUCGCGAUCUGUUGGCUCCACAAAACGACAACCUGCAGGUGCACGAGGAGAAGUCCAAAGGCGUUUACGUCAAAGGACUCUCAGACUACUACGUUAGUAACGCCAGAGAAGUUUACGAAAUCAUGCGACAAGGUGGCGCAGCUCGCGUUGUGACAGCUACAAACAUGAAUGCUGAAAGUUCAAGAUCACAUUCCAUCUUCCUUAUUACCAUCAACCAGAAGAAUACAGACACCGGCGGUGUCAAGACGGGCAACCUUUACCUCGUCGAUCUUGCUGGUUCGGAGAAGGUUGGAAAGACCGGUGCCACUGGACAAACACUCGAAGAGGCCAAGAAGAUCAACAAGUCUCUAUCCGCGCUUGGCAUGGUCAUUAAUGCUCUGACGGAUGGCAAAUCUGCACACAUUCCCUAUCGAGACUCCAAGUUGACUCGUAUUCUUCAAGAAUCACUGGGUGGCAACUCUCGUACAACCUUGAUCAUCAAUUGUUCGCCAUGCGGCUACAACGAAGCGGAGACACUCAGUACACUACGCUUUGGUAUUAGAGCCAAAUCUAUCAAGAACUCGGCUCGUGUCAAUGCCGAGUUAUCACCCGCAGAGCUGAAGAAUUUCCUCAAGAAGUCACAAGCGGCAAAUGCAUCCUACCAACUCUAUAUCGCAGCCCUCGAGGCGGAACUCGCUGUCUGGCGUUCUGGUAAACAGGUUCCUCAAUCAGAAUGGACAUCACAGGAAAAGAUUGCUGCUGGCGGUGCUCCCAUCAAGAGGCCCACAUCGACGACUCCUUCGACGCCGGGUCGCUCGAUGACUCCUAUCAACCCAGCACUUGCGGAUCUUCGGUCAGACCUAGACUCUCGACCCCAGACCCCAACGGCUAUUGGAUUGGACAAAGACGAGAGGGAUGAGUUCUUGAGGCGAGAGAAUGAACUCAGUGACUUGCUUGCGGAGAGAGAAAGCGCAUUGAAGAUGCAGCAGAAGCUCGUCGCGGAUCUCAAAGAGGAACUCGCGUUCUUGAAAGAGCAAGAGGCAUCGACAUCGUUGGAGAACAAGGCCAUGUCAAGUCAACUCAACGAACUUCGUCUCCAACUCGAGAGAUUGGACUAUGACAGCAAGGAGAGCGUGAUUGCGAUGGACAUUCUUAAAGAGCAAAAUGCUGAUCUGAACAACGACCUCGAAGAACUCAGAAAGACGAUUGCUGAGCUUCGACUCAACCAGAAGGAUGCCGCAGCGGAAGACAAGGAGAAGAAGAAGGCUGAGAAGAUGGCCAUGAUGAUGGCAAAGUUCGACACGCAGGGUGCUUUCUCCGAGAAGGAAGAGCAGCUCCGCGCGACCCUGGCGAAGCUAGACUCGGAGACAGCCGGCAAUCUGUCCCCGGAUGAUCUCAAUGUCCUCAGAAGGCAGGUAGGAGAGCAGCAGCAGUUUGUGCGUGAGACUCUCGAUCGCCUUGCUCAGACCCAAGAGGAGAAUGAGCUUCUGAGCCGGCGAAGAGACGAACUCGAGCAGCGACUGCAGACACUCGAAGUCGAAUACGAAGAAUUACUCGAGAAAACAAUUCAUGAUGAGGCCGUUAAUAUUGACGGACAAGCCGAGUCAAUUCAAGAACUCAAGGCGAAAUUGGAGGCACAAUAUGUCGCUCGCCAACAGGCCCAUACAGGGGAAGUGCAGGAUCUCAAACAGCAGAUUGACCUCAAGGCGAACGAGAUCCGGAGUCUCAACGCGACGAUUGACAAUUUGAAGGGUGUCAAUGAGGAGCUCAAGCGCGCGUUUGCCGUGACGUCGGCCGGUAUCGAGGGUGGCAAGAACCUAGCAGAGAGCGCACAGGACUUGGAGCGAACACGAAAAGCAAUUGCGGUUCAACUAGCCGAGUUUGAUGGAGUGAAGAAAUCACUGAUGAGGGAUCUUCAGAAUCGGUGCGAAAAAGUGGUUGAAUUGGAAAUCCAAUUGGACGAGAUUAAGGAGCAAUAUGGCAAUGUGAUCCGAAACAGCAGCAGCAAGACACAGCAGAGGAAGAUGAUGUUCCUCGAGCGCAAUCUCGAGCAACUGACGCUGGUGCAAAAGCAGCUCGUCGACCAGAACAGCUCGCUAAAAAAGGAGGCUGGAAUUGCAGAGCGCAAAUUGCUUGCGCGGAACGAGCGAAUCCAAAAUCUCGAGGCGUUGCUGCAGGAUGCCGAUCGACGACUUGCGGCUCAGAAUCAGAAAUUCGAAGCUCAAUUGCAGGCUGUCCGAGAUCGCCUGGAGCAAGCCCGAUCGCAAAAGGUGGCCAAUGCAUCGUCUCUCAACUUUGGACGGAUCGCCAAGCCGCUCCGAGGCGGCGGAGGUGGUGGAAACGCGACAAAUACAGGCCCGCCGCCAGCACCUUCUUCUGGCAGCGGAUACAGCGGAAGCGGAGCAUCGGCGAACCCGUUGGCGAGGCUACAGGAAGAUGGGAAUACGAGCAAGCGUGCGAGCUGGUUCUUCAGUCCACAGAGAGCAUAG